ACAUCAGUACUGUAGGGCUUGUAGGGAACCAUAGGAAGUAUGAUCGUCAUGUUUAUCACUAAGUAACUUUCACAAGGUAAGGAUUAACUUCUCAAUGAGUUUCUUUCCUGGUUAAAUAAAGGUUAACAAAAAAAGUAAGGUGUGGCUUCAGGUGUCUGGUGAGAAGAAGGCAAACUUGUUCACAGUAGAAAAUGGGCACAAAAACACAGCAGCAACAACAGUGACGGACACCUGAAAGGAUUACACAAUGAAGGAUUAUGAUGAAUCCUCAGCGUUUCUGGGUCAGUGGGGGUGUUUCCAGCAGGUUGUCUUCUUCGUGCUCGCUGCCAGCACCAUACCCAAUGGAAGUGGAGUUUUCUCUAUUGUCUUCCUUGCUGACAUUCCCCGUCACCACUGCCUGGUCCCAGAUGCCAAUCUCACUGAAGAUUGGCUCAAUGCUGUUAUACCAAUAGAGGUGACAGAUGGAGAAGAGGAGCGAAGUAGCUGCAGCAGAUACAGGCUGGAUGUUGUCAAAAAUCUCUCUUCUCAAGGAUUAAUUCCUGGCCGGGAUAUUAACCUGACCCAGCUGGAGCAGGAGAGCUGUGUGGACGGGUGGAGCUACAGCAAAGACAUCUACCAGUCCACCAUUGUCUCUGAGUUUGACCUGGUGUGCAGUGAGCAGUGGAAGCAGCCGUUCACCUCCACCGUCAUCUUCCUGGGAGUUCUUAUUGGAUCAUUCAUCUCAGGACAGCUCUCAGACAGGUUUGGUAGAAAGACUGUUCUCUUUGCAACCAUGGCGGUGCAAACCAUUUUUACCUUUGUUCAAAUCUUCUCGUCUUCUUGGUUGGUGCUGUGUGUCCUGCUCUUUAUCGCUGGAAUGGGACAGAUCUCAAACUAUGUGUCUGGUUUUGUGCUGGGCAUUGAGAUUUUGACUGGCAGUGUGCGGGUGCUAUUCUCAUCUAUGGGGGUAUGUCUAGGCUAUGCUGUUGGCUACAUGAUGCUGCCUCUCUUUGCUUACUAUUUAAGAAACUGGAAAUCUCUCUUGUUGGCUUUGUCUUUGCCUGGCCUGGCCUACAUCCCUCUCUGGUGGUUCAUCCCAGAGUCUCCCAGAUGGCUACUCAGUCAGGGAAGAGUGGAGGAGGCGGAGGCCAUAGUCAGAAAAGCUGCUAGGUGGAACAAAGUGGAGGCUCCACAGGUCAUUUUUGAAAAAUGCAGCUCUCAUGUUGAUGAGGUUAAGACACAACAAAAGGAACAUCACAAUGUAUUCAGUCUGCUGAGGACAAACAACAUCAGAAACACAACUUUGAUCCUGGGCCUUGUGUGGUUUACCCUGAGUAUUGGAUACUUUGGCCUGUCCCUGAACACAUCUCGGCUUCAUGCUGACCCCUAUCUCAGCUGCUUCAUUUCAGCUGCUGUAGAGAUACCAGCCUACAUCGCCUGCUGGCUUGCGCUGCAAUACAUUCCACGAAGAGUGUCUACAAUCUGUGUCCUGCUCCUCGGAGGAGUCUCACUGUUCUUGAUUCAACUGAUACCACAAAGUUUACAAAGUCUCUCUGUUGCACUCGAGAUGCUGGGGAAAUUUGGUAUUACCUGUGGUUCAUCCCUGAUUUAUAGUUACACAGCAGAGCUUUACCCGACAGGGCUCAGGAACACUGCGACUGGAACAUGCACCACUCUUGCCAGAGUGGGCAGCUGCAUUGCACCUUUUUUAUUACAGCUGAGCUACCUGAACAAGUACCUUCCAUACAUCAUUUUGGGGACUCUGUAUGUUGUGUCGGCCUUUGCUGCUCUCUUCCUGCCAGAGAGCUUUAGACGACCUCUUCCUGAAACUAUUCAACAGAUGCAUAAGAGAGGAAGCUUGAAGUGGCCAAUCAUCUCUCGGAAACAACAUUCAAAACCUGGGCUUCCUUUUGAAACAAAACUUUGACUGUCUAAAAUAUUUCAUGCCAUCAUUGACGAGUUAUUAGUCAUUAAAAAAGGUAAUAUGAUUAAAAAAAAAAAAAAAUGUACAAAAACUGUCCUCUUUGAGAAAUGACUUUUACAAGAAAUAAAGGUUGACAUAUUUUGACCAACAUUUGGAGUUGAUUACAUUGUGCUUGAAUUCUCUGCAUGGAGUUUAUGACAAAUGUAUUCCAAAUAUUUACCAUACACUUUGCAAUAUUGUGGUGCAGUAACUGUGGAACAAUGCAGUUGUGUCGUUAGUAAAAGAAAAAUCAUUAUUAAUAAGGGUAACAGCAGUAAAUUGCAUUGUCACAAACAUUGUCACACUUUUCCUUUCACUGUACCACCAAAAGGAGAAAAUCACUCCAGUUCAAAGGAUAUAUUUGAAAGCAUAGUCGCAUUAUUUGAAGAAAUGUUCAGUUCCUUUGUGCACAUUAAAGUGACAUCAUAGACACACCCGGGAUUUCUGUCCAGAUAUUUGCCUUACACAGAACAUCAGAUCUUCACUGGACAACCAGAGACUUCCUUUCAGCUGGGUUUUCAUUUUCCUCCACCUGGGUUAGUGUGUUAGGUUUCUUCUGGCAACAUCUAGUGUAAAAAAAUAAAAAUCAUUUAUACAGUUA